AUGGAAGUUUAUGUCGAUGACAUGCUCGUCAAGAGCGUCAGAGCAUCCGACCACCUCGCAGAUCUUGCAGUGAUGUUUUCAAUCCUCCGGGAGUAUCGAAUGAAGCUGAACCCGGCCAGAUGUGUCUUUAGAGAAAUCCAAUGCCUAACUGGCCGAGUGGCGGCGCUCGGACGGUUUAUCUCCAAAGUUACCGACAGGUGCCUCCCCUUCUUCCAGCAACUGAAAGGUCAUAAGAAGGCUAAGUGGACCUCUAAGUGCGAGCAAGCAUUCCAGGAGCUGAAGCAAUACCUGGGUUCACCUCCCUUGCUAUCAAAAUCAGAAGAAGGUGAGCCCCUACUAUUGUACCUGGCUGUCUCAGCUUCGGCCAUCAGCUCGGCACUCAUCAGGGAGGUAGGAAAUAAACAGUAUCUUGUCUACUACAUGAGCAAAGCAAUGGUACCCACAGAGACCAGAUACCCGAGCAUCGAAAAGCAGGUCCUUCAGAAACCUGAUGUCUUCGGACAGCUGACUAAAUGGGCAUUAGAACUUGGGGAUUUUGACAUCCAAUACUAUCCGAGAAUUGCGAUUAAGGGCCAGGCGGUGGCUAACUUCAUAACCAAAUUCACUAUCCCGAACGAUGAUAACACAGCAGAAGCAGCCCUAACAACACCGCUAGUCCCAUCGCUCGCCAAGGAUCUAGAGUCGGAGCAGAGGUGGGUCCUUUAUGUCGACGGGUCUUCCAACUUCAAGCGAGCUGGGGUAGGAAUCGUCUUGGUCACGCCCGACUCUACAGCUAUUCAGUAUGCCAUCAGGCUCAGUUUCAGAGCUUCCAAUAACGAAGCCGAAUAUGAAGCCUUGUUGGCAGGACUAAGACUGGCAACAAGUCUGGGGGGUCAGUCCCUUGAAGUACGAUGUGAUUCCCAACUUGUGAUGAACCAUAUCUCCACAGAGUAUGAAGCCAACGAAACCAGGAUGGUAGCUUAUCUGGCCGAGGCCCGAAAAUUGAUCGAGAGAUUCUGGAGUUGCACCAUUAACCAGAUUCCAAAGGCAGAGAACUCUUGGGCUGAUGCCCUUGCAAGGUUAGCCUCGGCCACGGAGGGAAAGAUCCCUCGGAUCAUUCCCUUGGAAUUCAUGGAGAACCUGAGCAUCGACCAAAAGGGACAAGAAAUGGUUAACCUGGUCGAGACUACACCAAGUUGGAUGGACCCAAUCUACGACUACCUUAUAUCUAGUAAGGUUCCCCAGGACAAGCUGGAGGCUCGACGCUUGAAGAUCAGAGCAGCCCGAUAUAUUAUCAUGGAUGGGAUCUUAUACAAGAAGGGGUACUCACAACCAUAUCUCAGAUGCUUUGACCCGAAGAAGCGGAUUAUGUGA